CUUGUAUACUUAUGUCGUUCAGCGCUCAUUAGUCACGACGCUACAAAAUGUCCGACUCGUUGGCAAAGUAUGGUAUUUACAUCGAUGAUUUGAGCAAGAUACGCAUUCUAGAGCCCGAGACAGCUAAUCAGACGAAUAAACUGAAGGAAGAAUGUGAGAAUUUCGUGUCGAAGAUUACGGAUUUUGAGAAAAAUUCCGAUGAUUUUAUCAAAUUAUUGGAUAACCUAGCAAGGGAGGUAGAAAAAGAAAAAAUGAAGACUAUCGGUGCACGGAAUCUGUUACGUUCUGUUGCGAAGCAAAGAGAAGCCCAAAAGCAACAAAUGCAGGCUUUGAUUUUGGAAAAAUCCGUCGAGUUAGAACGACUACGUAUACAACACGAAUCUUUGAAAAAGAUAGAAAUGGAGCAACUAGAAACCAUUGAACACUUAUCAGUGAAUUAAUUUUAACAUUUCGUUUCUCAGUUUUCUUUGUUAUUAAUUUAUUGUGAGUCUAUUAUAAUAUUUAGUAAAUUCUAUCAACGUUGACCUGCAAAUGUUCAUGUUGGAAUUAGAAAGCGAGGGAUGUGUUUUCCUUCACAGAGGAUUCUGUCUAUAUUAUUUUUUGACUGUUGAGGACACAGUAGAUACAUGCUGUAUAUAUAUAUAUAUAUACUUAAAG